UUGUGGUUGCUGUUGUGGUAGUUGUGGUGCUCGUGGUGAUGGUUGUUGUUGUGGUUGUGGUUGUUGUGAUGGUUGUGGUUGUGGUGGUUGUUGUGGUUGUCGUGGUGGUUGUUGUUGUUGUGGUGGUGGUGGUGGUCGUGGCCUGGUUGUUGUUGUCGUGGUGGUGGUGGUGGUGGUGGUGGUGGUGGUCGUGGUGCUGGUGGUGGUGGUGGUUUUGGUGUUGCUGUUGUUGUUGUUCUGUUUGUUUUGUGGUUGUCGGGGUUGUUGUUGUGAUGGUGGUUGUUGUUGUGGUGGUUGCGGUUGUUGUCGCUGCUGUUGUGGUUGUUGUUGCUGUUGUGGUUGUGGUUGUGGUGGUUCUUAUGGUUGUGGUGGUGGUUGUGGUUGUGGUUGUCGUGGUUGUGGUUGUUGUUGUUAUGAUGGUUGUGGUUGUGGUGGUUGUGGUGGUUGUGGUUGUCGUUGUUGUUGUGGUUGUGGUGGUUGCGGUGGUUGUGGUUGUGGUGGUGGUUGUGGUUGUUGUUGUGGUUGUGGUAGUUUUUGUGGUUGUGGUUGUGGUUGUGGUUGUUUUUGUGGUUGUGGUUGUGGUGGUGGUGGUUAUGGUUGUGGUGCUGGUGGUGGUGGUUGUGGUGGUGGUCGUUGUGGUGGUGGUGGCUGUGCUUGUUGUGGUUGUUGUUGUUGUUGUGGUUGUGGUGGUUGUGAUGGUGGUGGUGGUGGUUGUGGUGGUGGUGGUGGUGGUGGUUGUUGUGGUUGUUGUUGUGGUGGUUGUGGUUGUGGUUGUCGUGGUUGUUGUUGUGGUUGUGGUGGUGGUGGUUGUUGUUGUUGUUGUGGUUGUGGUUGUGGUUGUGGUGGUGGUUGUCGUUGUUGUGGUUGUGGUUGUGGUUGUGGUGGUUGUGGUUGUAAUUGUGGUUGUAGUGGUGGUGGUGGUGGUGGUGGUUGUGGUGGUGGUUGUGGUUCUGGUUGUGGUUGUGGUGGUUGUGAUUGUGGUGGUUGUGGUUGUGGUUGUGGUGGUUGUGGUGGUGAUGGUGGUUGUGGUGGUGGAUGUGGUUGUUGUUGGCGUUGUGGUGGUGGUGGUGGUUGUUGUUGCUGUGGUUGUGGUGGUGGUUGUGGUUGUUGUUGUUGUGGUGGUGGUGGUGGUUGUUCUGGUGGUCGUGGUUGUUGUGGUGCUGGUUGUUGUUGUGGCGUUGGUUGUGGUGGUGGUGGUUGUUGUUCUGGUGGUUGUUAUGGUGGUUAUGAUCAUGGCGGUUGUUGUUGUUGUUGUCGUUGUUGUUGUUAUAGUGGCGGUGGUGGUGGUUAGUAUGCAGGUGGUGGUUGUGGUGGUGGUGGUUGUUGUUCUGGUGGUUGUUAUGGCUGUUGUGGUUGUGGUUGUUGUGGUUGUGGUUGUGGUUGUUGUUGUUGUGGUUCUUGUUGUUGUUGUUGUUGUUGUUGUUGUUGUUGUUGUUGUUGUUGUUGUUGGUGUUGUGGUUGUUGUGGUUGUUGUUGUUGUUUUUGGUGUGGUUGCUGUUGUGUUUGUUGUUGUUGUUGUAUUUCUUGUUGUUGUUCUUGUGGUUGUUGUUGUGGUUGUUGUGGUUGUUGUGGUGGUUGUUAUUGUUGUCUUGGUGGUGGUGGUGGUAAUGGUGGUGGUCGUGGUCGUGGUUGUUGUUGUCGUGGCAGUCGUGGUGGUUGUGGUGGUUGUGGUUGUUGCGGUGGUUGUUGUGGUUGUUGCGGUGGUGGUUCUUGUGAUGGUGGUUGUUGUGAUUGUGGUGGUUGUUGUGGUGGUUAUUCUGGUGGUGGUUGUGGUGGUGGUUGUGGUGGUGGUUGUUGUUGUUGUGGAUGUUGUUGUUGUGGUGGUGGUGGUUGUGGUGGUGGCUGUUGUGGUGGGUGUUGUGGUGGUUGCUCUGGUUGUGGUUGUGGUUGUGGUUGUGGUUGUGGUGGUGGUGAUGGUGGUUGUGGUGAUGGUGGAUGUUGUCGUGGUGGUUGUUGUGGUGGUGGUGAUGGUGGUUGUGGUGAUGGUGGUUUUUGUCCUGGUGGUUGUUGUGGUGGUGGUUGUUGCGGUGGUGGUUCUUGUGGUGGUGGUUGUGGUAGUUGUCGUGGUGGUUGUGGUGGUGGUUGUUGUGGUGGUUGUGGUGGUGGAGGUUGUUGUGGCGGCGGUUGUUGUAGCGGCGUUUGUGGUGGUGGAGGUUGUUGAGGUGGUUGUGGUUGUUGUCGAUGUGGUUGUUGUGGUUGUGGUUGUGGUUGUUGUUGUGGUGGUUGUGGUUGUUGUGGUGGUUGUUGUUGUGGUUGUUGUGGUGGUGGUGGUCCCGGUGGUUGUUGUGGUGGUUGUUGUGGUGGUUGUUGUUGUUGUGGUUGUGGUGGAUGUGGUGGUUGUGGUGGUUGCGGUGGUUGUUGUGGUUGUGGUGGUUGUGGUGGUUAUGGUUGUGGUUGUGUUUGUGGUUGUGGUUGUGGUUGUUGUUGUUGUGGUUGUGGUUGUGGUUGUGGUUGUUGUGGUGGUUGUUGUUGUGGUGGUUGUUGUUGUUGUGGUUGUGGUUGUUGUGGUUGUCCUUGUUGUUGUUCUGGUUGUUGUGGUCGUUGUUGUGGUUGUGGUGGUGGUGGUGGUUGUGGUGGUGGUUGUGGUUGUGGUUGUGGUGGUUAUGGUUGUGGUUGUGGUUGUGGUGGUUGUUGUUGUGGUGGUGGUUGUUGUGGUGGUGGUUGUUGUUGUUGUGGUGGUUGUUGUGGUGGUGGUUGUUGUGGUGGUGGUUGUGAUUGUGGUGGUUGUGGUUGUGGUUGUUGUGGAUGUGGUUGUGGUUGUGGUCGUUGUGGUUCUGGUUGUGGUUGUUGUCGUUGUGGUUGUGGUGGUUGUUGUUGUGGUUGUUGUGGUGGUUGUUGUGGUGGUGGUUGUGGUUGUUGUUCUGGUUGUUGUUGUGGCUAUUGUUGUUGUGGUGGCUGGUUGUCGUGGUCGUGGUCGUCGUGGUCGUGGUCGUGGUGGUGGUUGUUGUGGUCGUGGUGGUUGUGGUGGUUGUGGUGGUUGUUGUGUGGUUGUGGUGGUUGUGGUGGUUGUUGAUGUGGUUGUGGUGGUGGUGGUUGUUGUUGUUGUUUUGGUUGUGGUUGUGGUUGUGGUGGUUGUGGUGGUUGUUGUGGUUGUUGUGGUUGUUGUGGUGGUUGUUGUGGUGGUGGUUGUGGUUGUGGUUGUGGUGGUGGUUGUUGUGGUUGUGGUUGUGGUUGUUGUUGUGGUUGUGGUUGUGGUGGUUGUGAUUGUGGUGGUUGUGGUGGUUGUGGUUGUGGUGGUGGUGGUGGUUGUGGUGGUGGAUGUGGUUGUUGUUGACGUUGUGGUGGUUGUGGCAGUGGUUGUGGWUAUUGUUGUUGCUGUGGUUGUGGCAGUGGUUGUGGUUAUUGUUGUUGUGGUGGUGGUGGUAGUUGUGGUUGUUGUUGUUGUUGUGGUGGUGGUGGUUAUUGUGGCGGUUGUUGUGGUCGUGGUUGUUGUUGCUGUGGUGGUUGUUGUUGUCGUGGUGGUGGUGGUUGUUGUUCUGGUGGUCGUGGUUGUUGUGGUGGUUGUGGUUGUGGUUGUGGUUGUGGCUGUGGUGGUUCUGCUGGUCGUAGUUCUUCUUGUGGUGGUGGUUGUUGUUCUGGUGGUGGGGGGGGUGGUGGUUGUUGUUGGGGUGGUUGUUGUUGUGGUGGUUGCUGUUGUUGUUGUGGUGGUGGUGGUUGUGGUUGUGGUGGUGGUCGUGAUUGUGGUAGUGGUGGUGGUGGUGGUGGUUAUUGUGGUGGCGGUUGUGUGUGUUGUUGUUGUUGUUGUUGUUGUGGUGGUGGUCGUGGUUAUUAUGCAGGUAGUCGUUGUGGUGGUGGUGGUUGUUGUUGUGGUGGUUGUUGUUCUGGUGGUUGUAAUGGUUGUUGUGGUUGUGGUUGUGGUUGUUGUGGUUGUUGUGAUUCUGGUUGUUGUUAUUGUGGUUCUUGUUGUUGUUGUUGUUGUUGUUGUUGUUGUGGUUGUUGUUAUUGUUGGCGUUGUGGUUGUUGUUGUUGGUUUUGUUGUGGUUGUUGUUGUAGUUGUUGUUGUUGUUGUUGUUGUUGUUGUUGUGGUGCUGGUGGUGAUGAUUGCUGUUGUGGUUGUGGUUGUGGUUGUGGUGGUGGUUGUGGUUGUGGUGGUUGUGGUGGUGGUGGUUGUUGUUGUUGUGGUUGUUGUUCUGGUGGUUGUUAUAGUUGUUGUUGUUGUUUGUGGUGCUGGUGGUGAUGGUUGUUGUGGUGGUUGUGGUUGUGGUGGUGGUUGUGGUUGUGGUGGUUGUUGUGGUUGUUGUGGUUGUCGUGGUGGUGGUGGUGGUAAUGGUGGUGGUCGUCAUCGUGGUUGUUGUUGUCGUGGUGGUGUUGGUGGUUGUGGUGGUGGUGGUGGUGGUGUACGUGGUGUUGUUGUUGUGAUUGUGGUUGUUGUAGUUGUGGUGGUUGUUGUUGUUGUGGUGGUUGUUGUGGUGGUGGUGGUGGUUAUUGUGGUGGUGGUUGUUGUUGUAGUUGUUGUUGCUGUUGUGGUUGUUGUUGUUGCUGUUGUGGUUGUGGUUGCGGUUAUGGUUGUUGUUGUCGUUGUGGUUGUGGUUGUSGUGGUUGUUAUUGUGGUUGUGGUGGUUGUGGUGGUGGUCGUGGUCGUGGUUGUGGUUCUGGKUGUGGUAAUUGUGGUUGUGGUGGUUGUGGUGGUUGUGGUUGUUCUGGUGGUUGUAGUUGUGGUUGUGCUGGUUGUGGUUGUUGUUGUGGUGGUUGUGGUUGUGGGUGUGGUGGURGUGKUGAUCGUUGUGGUGGUUGUCGUUGUGGUUAUGGUUGUGGUGGUUGUGGUGAUCGUGGUUGUGGUGAUGGUUGUUGUUGUCGUGGUGGUUCUUGUGGUGGUGAUUGUUGUGGUGGUGGUUGUGGUUGUGGUGAUUGUGGUUGUGGUUGUGGUUGUGGUUGUUGUGGUUGUGGUGGUUGUGGUUGUGGUUGUGGUCGUUGUUGUUGUGGUGAUUGUGGUUGUUGUGGUGGUGGUUGUGGUUGUUGUUGUUGUUGUUGUGGUGGUGGUGGUUGUGGAGGUUGUUGCUGUGGUUGUUGUGGUGCUCGUUGUGGUUGUGGUUGUGGUGGUGGUUGUGGUUGUGGUGGUGGUUGUUGUGGUGGUUGUUGUUGUUGUUGUUGUAGUGGUGGUGGUGGUGGUGGUGGUGGUUGUGGUUGUUGUGGUGCUGGUGCUGAUUGUGGUUGUGGUUGUUGUGGUUGUGGUUGUUGUUGUUGUUGUUGUCGUUGUUGUUGUUGUUGUUGUUGUUGUUGUUGUUGUUGUGGUGGUGGUGGUGGUGGUGGUGGUGGUUGUGGUGGUUGUGGUAAUGGUGUUGGUUGUGGUUGUGGUUGUGGUUAUGGUUGUGGUGGUUGUGGUUGUGGUGAUGGCGGUUGUUGUGGUGGUGGUUGUGGUGAUGAUGGUUGUUGUGGUGGUGGUUUUUGUGAUGGUGGUUGUUGUGGUGGUGGUUGUGGUUGUGGUCGUUGUGGUGGUGGUUGUGGUUGUGGUGGUGGUUGUGGUUGUGGUGGUGGUUGUGGUGGUUGUGGUGGUUGUUGUGGUGGUUGUUGUGGUUGUGGUUGUUGUGGUUGUGGUUGUGGUUGUUGUUGUUGUUGUUGUUGUUGUUGUUGUUCUUGUUGUUCUUGUUGUUGUUGUUGUGGUUGUUGUUGUGGUUGUGGUUGUUGUUGUUGUUGUUGUUAUUGUUGUUGUUGUUGUUGUUGUUGUUGUUGUUGUUGUUGUGGUAACUGUGGUGCUGGUGGUGAUGGUUGUUGUUGUGGUUGUGGUUGUGGUGGUUGUUGUGGUUGUCGUGGUGGUUGUUGUUGUUGUUGUGGUGGUGGUGGUCGUGGCCUCGUUGUUGUUGUCGUGGUGGUCGUGGUGGUGGUGGUCGUGGUGCUGGUGGUGGUCGUKGUCCUUGGUGGUGGUUGUUGUUGUGGUGGUUGUGGUUGUUGUSGUUGUUGUUGUUGCUGUUGUGGUUGUGGUUGUGGUUGUGGUGGUUCUGGUCGUUGUGGUGGUGGUUGUGGUGGUGGUUGUGGUUUUGGUUGUUGUGGUUGUGGUUGUUGUGGUUGUUGUGGUUGCUGUGGUUGUGGUUGUGGUGGUUGUGGUUGUUGUGGUGGUUGUGGUUGUCGUUGUUGUUGUGGUUGUGGUUGUGAUUAUUGUUGUGGUUGUGGUGGUUGUGGUUGUUGUUGUGACUGUGGUGGUUGUGGUUGUGGUUGUGGUUGCUUUUUUGGUUGUUUUUGUGGUUGUUUUUGUGGUUGUGGUGGCUGUGGUCGUGCUUGUGGUGGUGGUGGUGGUUGUUGUUGUUGUGGUGGUGGUGGUGGUUGUUGUUGUUGUGGUGGUGGUGCUUAUUGUGGUGGCGGUUGUUGUUGUUGUUGUUGUUGUGGUGGUGGUGGUUAUUAUGCGGGUGGUGGUUGUGGUGGUCGUGGUGGUUGUGGUGGUAGUUGUUGUGCUGGUGGUUGUUGUUAUGGUGGUUGUUAUGGUUGUUUUGGUUGUGGUUGUUGUGGUUGUGGUUGUUGUGGUUGUGGUUGUGGUUGUUGUGCUUGUUGUUGUUGUUGUUGUGGUUGUUGUUGUUGUUGUUGUUGUUGUGGUGGUGGUGGUGGUGGUGGUGGUUGUGGUGGUUGUGGUUGUUGUUGUUGUUGUUGUUGUUGUCGCUGUUGUUGUGGUUGCUGUUCUGGUAGUUGUGGUGCUUGUGGUGAUGGUUGUUGUUGUGGUUGUCGUUGUGGUUGUGGUUGUGGUUGUGGUGGUUGUGGUGGUUGUUGUGGUUGUUGUGGUUGUUGUGGUUGUCGUGGUGGUGGUGGUUGUUGUUGUUGUGGUGGUGGUCAUCGUGGCCGUGGUUGUUGUGGUUGUGGUUGUUCUUGUUCUUGUGGUUGUCGUUGUUGUUAUUGUCGUUGUGGUUGUCAUUGUUGUCGUUGUCGUUGUCGUGGUUGUUGUUGUCGUUGUGGUUGUCGUUGUCGUUGUGGUUGUGGUUGUCGUUGUCGUUGUUGUGGUUGUGGUUGUCGUGGUCGUUGUCGUGGUCGUUGUCGUCGUUGUGGUGGUGGUCGUGGUUAUGGUUGUUGUGGUUGUUGCUGUUUUUGUGGUGGUUCUUGUUGUGGUGGUUCUUGUUGUGUGGUNUGUUGUUGUGGUUGUGGUUGUGGUUGUGGUGGUUGUUGUCGUUGUUGUGGUUGUGGUGGUUGUUGUCGUUGUUGUGGUUGUGGUUGUCGUUGUGGUGGUUGUGGUUGUGGUUGUGGUUGUGGUGAUUGUGGUGAUCGUUGUGGUGGGUGUUGUGGUGGUGGUUGUGGUUGUGGUUGUGGUGGUUGUGAUUGUGGUGGUUGUGGUUCUGGUUGUGGUGGUUGUGGUGGUGGUGGUGGUGGAUGUGGUUGUUGUUGACGUUGUGGUGGUGGUGGUGGUGGUAGUUGCUGUGGUUGUGGUGUUGGUUGUGGUUGUUGUUGUUGUGGUGGUGGUGGUGGUUGUGGUUGUUGUUGUUGUUGUUGUUGUGGUGGUGGUGGUAAUUGUGGCGGUUGUUGUGGUGGUGGUGGUUGUUGUGGUGGUGGUUGUGGUUGUGGUGGUGGUGGUGGUUAUUGUUCUGGUGGUCGUGGUUGUUGUGGUGCUGGUUGUUGUUGUGGUGGUUUUGUUUGUGGUUGUGGAGGAGGUGGUUGUUGUGGUGGUUGUGGUUGUGGUUGUGGCUGUUGUGGUUCUGGUGGUGGUAGUUGUUCUUGUGGUGGUGGUGGUUGUUGUUCUGGUGGUGGUGGUGGUGGUGGUUAUGGUCGUGGCGGUUGUUGUUGUUGUUGUCGUUGUUGUUGUUGUUGUUGUGGUGGUGGUGGCUAUUAUGCAGGUGGUGGUUGUGGUGGUGGUGGUUGUUUUGGUGGUGGUUGUUGUUCUGGUGGUUGUUAAACUUGUUGUGGUUGUUGUGGUUGUGGUUGUGGUUGUUGUUGCUGUGGUUGUUGUUGUUGUUGUUGUUGUUGUUGUUGUUGUUGUUGUUGUUGUUGUUAUUGUUCUUGUUGGUGUUGUGGUUGUUGUUGUUGUUUGUGGUGGUGGUUGUGGUUGUGGUGGUGGCGGUUGUUGUGGUUGAUGUUGUGGUGGUUGUGGUGGUGCAGGUUGUUGUGGCGGCCAUUGUGGU